UCAAGGCUGCUUUAAAAGGGAGCAAAACAUUUUCAAAACUGUUAAUUGUGGGAGUGUUUUGUAAAGCAAUUCUUUAAACAUGGCUCUUGUUGGGAAGCUUCAGAGUGAAGUAGAAAUAAGCAUACCUCCCCAUAUAUUUUACAAACUCUUUAAAGAACAAAUUGCUAACAUUACAAAUAUUUCUCCAAAGUUAAUCCAAAAAGUUGAACAUCAUGAUGGAGACUGGAGCAAACAUGGUCACGGUUCCAUCAAAGUUUGGAAUUACACUAUCGAUGGUAAAGCCGAAGUUUUGAAAGAACGCGUGGAAUUCGAUGACAAAAAUCUUGUGGUAAGAAUGGUUGGAUUGGAAGGAGAUGUGUUUAAGCAUUACAAAACCUUCAUUGCAACAUAUCAAGUUGUCCCAAAAGGACUGGGUCGUAGCGUGAUAAUUUUUACCUUGGAAUAUGAGAAACUUAAUGAUGGUUCUCCUUACCCUGACAAGUAUCAUGAGGCUAUGGAUAACCUUGCUAAGGACAUUGAAGCUCACCUUUUAAAAGAUACGGUUCAACUUGUUUCCGCACGUUUGCCAUAAUUAAUAUGAUAUGAAUAAGCAUGUUGUGUUAGGGUUGAUUCUAUAAGAUGUUGUGAGGAUUUUGUAACACUAAAUAAUGGUUAUCCUCGUGUAAAAUAAAUGAAACUCAAACAUAAUUUUGUUUUAAAUAAUAUGUACUAUGCUAUCUUUUGAUAUAUAUAAUGUAUGGUUUCUCGGCUAUUUUCUUUGUCA